AUGCUUGAGUUGCUAUCUCGAUUGGAAACAAGAUCUUGUAGCCAAACAAUUUGGCGUGGACCAUCCGAGAGGUUUGUUCCACGGAUAGUUUCUUCUCCUACCAUUGAAACAAGGGCUGAUCUUUCUGGAGUUGAAACUCAAGUUAGGAAGCUAGUUGAGGACUUGAAGAGCUCUUCCCUUGAUGAACAAAGAAAUGCCACUGGUGAACUCUGCUUGUUGGUUAAUCUUCUUCAAUCACCGGACACAAAAAUACAGAAAAAUGCCAUUACUACACUUCUCAAAUUAUCAAUAAAUGAUAACAACAAGGCAACAAUUGCCAAUGUUGAUGCAAUUGAACCCCUUAUUCAUGUCCUCGAGACAGGGAGCCCUGAAGCUAAGGAGAACUCUUUUACCACUCUUUUUAGCUUAUCGGUGAUUGAGGAUAACCAGGUCAGGAUUGGGAGGGCAGGGGCAAUUCAACCUACGAUAGAUUUACUUGGAAAUGGAACUCCUAGGGGACAGAAAGAUGCAGCUAUGACUUUGAUUAACUUUUCAAUAUUUCAUGAAAACAAGGCUCGUAUAGUGCAGGCUGGUGCUGUGAAGGCAUUGGUCAGGAGGGAGGGAUUCCUGUAUUGGUUGAGGUUUCGAGUUGGGUUUGCAAGAGGUAAGGAGAAUGCAGUUGCUGCUCUCCUACAACUAUGCAAUAGAUUCUGUAAUAUGGUUCUCCAGGAGGGAGUUGUUCCACUAUUAGUGGCAUUGUCACAGUCCGGCACACCAAUAGCCAAAGAGAAGGCUCGGGCACUUCUAGCUAUUUCAGAAACCAAAGGCAUGGUAAUGCUGGGAGGGGUUGACUUUGAUGAAAUGACAUUUGGCCGUGCAAUAUUGUGA